AUGAGCAAUUCCUAUGUAACACAGCAACAGAAGAACAAGAUUCAUAGCCAUUACAAAUUUUAUGUCAGAUAUGAGUCAAUUGAAGAGAAGCAUGCCAAAAUGUUGGCAAAGCUCAAAAGAGAAAGGACAAACAUGGAGAAGAGGACGAUGACGAUGAUGAGGAUGACAUUCAAUAAACAUCAACGUCAUCAACAGCAGCAGCAGUCGCUAACGCAGCAGCAGCAACAGCCACAGCAGCCUCAAUCUAGUAGAGACAAGCUGUCGCUGCUGAAGAGGCUUAACAUUCCACAGUCGCUGAGGAUCAUCAGCCAGAAUGAGGGUCACGUCAACAACAAUAACCAUUAUUAUAACAACAUAAACAACAACAAUAAUAUUAGCAACAACAAUAAUAAUAUUAUUAAAGCUUAUCUUCACAACAACAAAAGUAAUAAUUGUUAUUCAUCAAAAAAACAUUCACUGCAUCAAGCCUAUACAAGAAACAUAGACAACAGUAUUAUCGACAAUCAAGAUGACUUUUAUCAUAAGAAAAAAAUCUGUGCAGAUAUAUUAGAUAAUAAUUAUCAUAGUAAUAAAAGCAACAAUUAUAAUAAUCUUAAUAAUGAUAAUAAUUAUAAACUUAGCGGAAACUUAUUAAAAAGCAAGACGAACUUAAGCAGCGGUGGUCACGUCAGAUCAUCGGUAAACAAACUAUACAGUUCAACUACUCUCAACUACAACAACAGCAGCAACAACAGCAACAGCAGCAACAACAACAACAAUAAUGAUAAUAAUAAUAAUAAUAAUUUAUUUAAUAAUAAUAACUUGUACUUAAAAAAUAGUAAUUACAAAUUCAAUCACUCGCCGAAAGGCUCGAACGAUGAAGACUUCAAAUAUGAUGAUGACACUAAUUAUGGCUAUGAUGACGACAGACAUGCCGUGAGAGAUUUAAAUAACUAUGACGUCAUCAACAGAGCUAGUGAUGACGACGAUGACAACGAAGAUUGUCAGGAUGAUGACGAUGAUGAUGACAUCGGUGGUGGCCAUGAUUAUGAUAGCAGUAGCAAGUUGUGGCUACGUGACGUCACCAGGCAAUCAACAUUUCUGGGAACUGUCAGCAACCUACGGCAGGAUGUGACGUAUGCCGAGAAGCAACAAUUGUUGAAAACUCUGGAAAACAUGAAACGAAACAUCUCAACGACGUCAGCCACAGCAGCAACUGCAACAGCUACAAAUAACAUUUCCUUACAACGGCGGCUAAAAACGGAUAUGAAGAUAAACAGCGGAGUUCCAUUUCUAUGCAAGCCUGCAACGGUCAUCUUUAAGAGUUUCAACGUGGGUCUAUCUUACGUAAAGCGAGUGCGGCUAACGAACGUCACAUCGGCUCCUAACUCCUGCCACUUCAAGACUUUGCCAAUAAAAUCCACCCCGAGGUUCCCCCCACCGAAGCAACUACCCCCCGGCAUCUCCUGCUACCUCACCGUCUACUUCACCCCCAAUAUCUCAGUCAGUGAUACUGAUGUUGACUUUGGAGAGGAGAUAGCAGGUGAGAUAGUGAAGAAAGAAGUGAGCGUAUGCAACGAUGGCGAUUAUGAAGUGGACGUGGCGAUCGAAAGAUACGUCUUGCAAAGUAGGGGGACAACUGAGACUCGCAUUCACAUAUAA